AUGGCUAGCUUGUAUACAGAAAGAACCCCAGCAGCGGUCAGGAAUGCUAAGGGCUUGCACCUCAUAACCUGCUCCAUUCCUAACGGAAAGAAAGUCCAGAUUUUCCUUGAGGAGCUGAAGGAUGUGUAUGGAACCGAAUGGACAACUUCUUUGAUAGACAUUGACACUGAUGAGCAAAAGAAACCGUGGUUUCUAAGACUCAAUCCAAAUGGGAGGAUCCCCGUUCUCAUCGAUAACACUGGACAACAACCUUUCCCCGUCAUAGAAUCAUCAGCGGAGCUGCUCUAUCUUGUGGAGACGGUGGACAAGAAUCACCACUUCAGCUUUUUUGAUGGCAAGGAAAAGUCUCAAAUGAUGCAGUGGCUUAUCUUUUGGCAUGCUUCUGUUCAGCCUAACCAAGGUCAAUUGAACCACUUUGGAAGGUUUGCUUCAAAACAGAUUCCUUGUGUUGUCGAGCCAACAGCUUCAUUCACUAAUCAAUCGGCAGAUGCAAUUGAGAGAUUCAAGGCCGAGACACUCCGGGCUUACAACGUGAUUGAGCUCCACCUCUCUGGACGACUGACCGGAGAGCCCCGAGAAUAUCUUGCUGGAAAUGGAUCUGGCAAGUUCAGUAUUGCUGAUAUCAAUGCAUAUCCAUGGAUUCGGGCGUGGAAACGUAGCAAGAUCUCAGAAGAGGAGAUGGAGAAUUACCCACACUUGAGGGAAUGGAUAGACCGGGUUGGGUCCCGACCAGCUUUACAAAGGGGAAUCAGUGAUAUAUACGAUGAAGAAGUUCAUCCAGAAUUACUUGUUAGCUCUGGUGAUAAUAAGGAGCAUUGA